UCUUUUGCCGCAUUUUCCCCCCACACCCAUCUCUAUCUCUCUCUCUCUCUUCCUCUUCCUCUCUUUUGCCCUAACAUUUCAUUCUGGGAGGAAAACCGACCCGACUCAUCUCCCACGGCGCUGACGUCACUCUCGGAUUUCCCCCCGCCUUCUGAUUUCCGAUGCCUCUUCGCCGGAGCUCUCAUCUUCAUUGAGGAUCGUGAGGCUUGGGGAAAGAUCUGCGGUGGAUAGUGUUUGGGAGGCAAAAAGGUAUGGCGAAGGUUGCUCGACCUGGUUCUCUACCUCCCGCUGCUCUCAUGAAGGUCGGCCCAGUCAAGAGAAAGACUCCUUCAGAACUUAGAGAAGAGCAGUUAAAGCGGAGGAAUGCUGUUGAGAUUAUGGAUGGAUCUCCUGCCCCUUUGCUUGGUUCUACAAAUGAGGCAGACAAUGGGCUUAAGAAACCGGAAUUGUCAAGGAUGCCUCGAUAUCAUGACAUCCGUAUGGAUGAAGUGUAUCCUGCAAAAAAGUCAAGGUCCAGAAUGCUAUUUGGAAAGGAAAAUGUAAAGGAAAGUGCUUCACUGGAGCCACCUUUCAGCCUUAGACUUAAGAAUCUCUCUGCGUGCUCUAGUCUGGCAUCUAAGAGGGAGAACCAACAAAUCAGGUCAGAGAUUACUGCCGAAAGCACAGAAAAAGAUGUAUCUAAAGCUGGUCAAGCAAAUGAAAAUAGCCAACGUACUUUCCGUAAUGUUACUGAGAUUUCAUCUGCUGGUGAUAGGACAUCUGGCUUUGGUUCUGUUGAUGUGGGUAAAGCUAUGAAAGGAAUGGCUGCCCUUGAAUCCUCAAUAACUACUGGUUUACUUGCUAAUUCUUCUGAAAGAUGCACGGAUUCUUCAAUAACCGGUUUUGGCAAGUUUUGCUUGCCUGGUGGCAAAAUUCCUCUGGAUUUUACUUUGAAAACUAGUAUGCGAUUAGUGUCGUCUUCCUCGGCAAGUCGGAUUCACAAGUCAAUCACACGCAGUGCCCACUCCAACAUGCCUAAACUUACAUUCAAAUUUGAUAAUCUUGAUGAUCAAAUUUUGAGCCGUAGCUCAGGGAUCACAUCAACAUCUGAAAUCAGUUCUAAACUCUUACAUUCAUGGGUUUAUCCUCAAUCUACCCUGCCACCUUCUGUUAUACAAGUGUUGACCUCCUCAACAGCCGAGGGAGUUGAAAUGGAUUUUCUAACAAAACGACAUGUAGCAUGGGAGGAAUCAUUUCAGAGUCUAUACUACAUGCUUCGAAAUGGUGCUUGUAAUAUAUUUUAUGUGUGUACUCCAUAUUUUGUCGUAAUGUUUACUGGUCGUGAUGUUGCUGUGGAUAAACGCCUCACCAAUGCUUGUAUCUCCCAGUCAACCAGAGUCUUGCAAUCAUUAUUAAGAGAAAAUGAUGUUUCCUUUUCUAUGCCCCUUUGCCGUUCUAAAAUGGAGCAAGUCACUACAGAAGUCCUUGAUGAACUCUCAGAGAUGCAAGAAUUAGGCCAGGUUCGUCGCACAAGAUCAUUGGUUGAUUUAGAUAAUACCCCAGAAUCUUUGCUGGUCAUUAGUGGGAAUGAGAAUGUUCAUUGCCUGUUUGAUAUUUUGUUUAAUUAUAGAUCGUUCAUGACUGCCUUGAUAGGAGUGGAUGUUCCUGCAUUGUAUUCACCUGUGCCUUUUAGGAAUGCGGCCAUCUCUUCUCCACAGGUUAAAUGCAUGGAUCUGAAAAGAAUGGAACAUGUGGUUGCUUCAAACAAAGGAUCCGUCUCACAAGAUGUUGGAUCUAUGCAAAGCUUAUCUGCUGGUGUCUGCUCUAGUGUUGAAAUCAAGGAUGCAUUUAUUCCACCAUGGAUUGUAUCCAGUAUAUGUGCUGUUGUGAGAUCUGAAGGCAGCUUUGAGGCGAGUUUCACAAAUGAACCUACCUCAAUCGGUUUGAACGUUUCAAUAGAAGCAGCUCCUGAGAAGUCUAAUUCUCAAGAUGGGGCAGCUGAAGCUUUGCAUGGUAGCAGUUCUGCUUUUGGUAUUCCAGAAGCCACUGUAACUCCAAACAUGCGCCUGGGCUCGCUAAAGAGCUUGAAAUUUUCAAAUGGGUCUUAUGCUGCUUCUGUUUCACCCACCUUGGAUUCCAAAUAGAGAAAAAAAAAUCUUAUUUGGUUUCAUAAUGCUGGUUGGUACCAUUCUUCAUCCCUAAUGAUAUCUAUGUACUUUGAUUGAGACUGUUUAUUUGGAUGUAAAAUAAAUGUUUCAGUAAGAAUUGUAGUACCAGUUAAAUGUACCAUAAGGAGUCCUGGAAAAUCUGCAAUACAUUUUGUACACUUAUAAUACGUUUUGACAAACUAAUUGAGGGAAAUGCUGCUAGCAUACUUGUAACUUA